AUGUCUCAAUUCUCGUUAUUCUUUGGUGGAUACGGAGUGGCCAACGUCUAUGGUCCAGCGCAGUCUUCUGACCGUCCUUCAUUUAUCUCUGAUUUUCUCUCUCUUUCUGUUUGGUCUGAUGUGUUCAACACACCUUGGAUGGUUAUGGGUGAUUUCAACAUUCACUUGCACUCUUUGUCUACUUCUCGUCAAGCCGAUGUCGCUCCUUUUGUUCACUGGUUGCGUACUCACUUUGUCAAUUGUCAUCCGGAUGGUUUAGCCACGUUUCCAAAGAGCAAUACUUGUAUUGAUUACAUCUUUGGUCACUCUUCUCUUGCUCCUCGUUUGACUAAUAGUCAGUUACUAUAUAUGCCUAGUAGGUGGACGGAUCACUCUCUUUUGACUGUUGAAAUGUUACCUGCGACAGCUAGUAUUGGUCCUGGUAGUUGGCGGUUCAAUCCAACUCUGCUUGAUGAUAAGGAAUUUGUUGCGUUGUUGAAUGCCACGGUGUCAUUGUUCUUCUCUGGUGCUGUUGGUGGUGGGUCUAAGGGUGUCAAUACUAGUCAAGGUAGUAGUGGUGACUCUGAAAGCACGGUGGCUAGAUGGGAAUCCUUCAAGUUGUUACUAAAGUGCUGUGCACAAAAGUACACUAGAAGCAUGAAAGCACGAUUCAAGAACAAAGUUUUUACGCUUCAACUGGAACGUAUUAGGGCUCUGUCGACGUCUGUAUCGGGUGUUGAGACUAGGAAUGCUAUUGGUCAAACUGAUAGAGUGUCUACUGCUUCAGGUGAUGCUGAACAGCAGGUCAGGCAACUAGAAGUUUUGAUUGAGGAUCAGAUACAGAAAGAGACUAGUCAGAAUAUGCUUCGCUCUGCCACUCGUUGGUUAGAACAGGGAGAACGUAGCAACAAGUAUUUCUAUCGUUCGAUCAAGGUGCGAGAGUCUCAACAGACAAUUCAAUCCUUAAAGUGCUCUACUACUGGGGAUAUCUUGGUGGAAGCAGCAGCUAUCAACAGGGAGGCACAAGGUUUUUAUCAAAGGCUAUAUACCCCUGAUGCUGUCGAUGCUGAAGCUAUCGAUACUCUCCUGGGGAAUGUUCCAACUGAUGUACGUCUAUCAUCUUUGGAUGGUGAUAUGCUAAUGGAACUUCCAACUCGCGAUGUUUUGUUGUCUCUGCUCACUCAUGCUCCCAAGUCUAAAAGUCCUGGUCUUGACGGUUUGCCUUUUGAAUUGUAUCAAUAUCUUGCUGGUGUUUCUACUGAUUUUCUUGACUUGCUUGUGGAUGUGUUGGGUGCAGCUUUUUCUGGUGUGUUUCCUCCUUCGUGGCAACAAACUCGUAUGGUCUUAUUGUUCAAGAAGGGUGACCCUCAGUUGUUGGUUAACUGGAGACCUUUGUCCUUAAUUAACAGUGAUGCCAAGUUAUUUACAAAGCUCAUUGCUAAUCGUAUGAACAAAGUGUUGCCAAAGUUAAUCAACCCUUAUCAAACUGGUUUUCUCCCUCAUCGUCUGAUCUCUGACAAUGGCUGGUUAAAUCAGUUGUUGAUGUCUCACUUGCGUGUUGUUGCUCCUGAUUUACCUCAAGUGGCUGUUUUGUUGGAUCAAGAGAAGGCGUAUGAUCGGGUUCAUCCUGAAUAUCUUUGUCGUGUGUUGCUCCGGUUUGGUUUUCCUGGUGAGUUGGUGUCUUGUCUGUCUUCUUUGUUCUUUGGAACCAAGAUUUCAGUGUCUAUCAAUGGUUGGCUUGGUGCUCCUGUACCUCAAUUGCGAGGUCUUCGUCAAGGUGAUCCUCUGUCUCCAUUGCUAUUCAAUCUGGCAUUUGAGCCUUUGCUUCGUUCUCUCCUUGCUUGUCCUGGUCUUUCUGGUGUUACUCUGUCUCCUGUUAAUAUCCCACGUAAAUGGAAGCCUUCACCGGUUGAAGUUCGUGUGGAUCAUGGUACUGGUUCCCGGAAUUGGACUUUGGACUUUGUCAGUGGCUCUGUUGCUCCUCCUCCUGUCAAGAUUCUAAGCUAUGCGGAUGAUCUUGAGGUGUUUUUGUCUUCGCCAGAAGAGUGGUCUGUGUUGUUGUCUGUUCUUGAUCUGUAUGGCCGAGCAUCUAAUGCGAAAGUCAAUAUCAGCAAGACAGUGUUGGUGUCGUUGUCUGGUGUGUCCCACUCUGCUUGGGUUGCUUUGGCUGAUUCUACUGGUCUCCAGUGGCAUGACGCUCACUCUCGUGGUGCAGUACGUUACUUGGGUUAUCCCUUGUAUCAUACUGAAAGUCAACUUCAAGACUAUCUUGAUGGUGUCUUGGUGAAGGUCCAGCGACACAGUAACUUGUUGAAACAAAGGAAUCUCUCCAUUAGGGGAGCAGGACUAGUGGCUAACUCGUUACUGUUGUCAAAGGUAUAUCAUUUGUUGCGUGUUGUUCCUGGUGGUGCUACUACUGCGUCGUGGUUGAAGUCUCUCACUACGGUGGUCCGUGAGUAUCUGGUGUCCUUUCGCCCUGGUGUUGCUUGGUCUACUUUGUGUCUCCCCCGCAAGUUUGGUGGUGUUGGUCUCGUGGAUAUAGCAGAUCAAAGCUUAGCUUUGCAUCUUGUCUAUUUGCAACGUUUGUUGCGUCCACCCUCUCCCAGUGAUUUUGUCUCCUCUUGGUUGGUGUAUGCUUUUCAAGUUUACACUGGUCAUAAGUCCAUCUUGCCGUGGUUUUGUUUUCCUGGUCUUUACCAGUCUCGUGUGUCUUCUGUGCCUGCUCUAACACAUCUUGGAAAGCUUCUGUUGAGAUUGCCAAAGCUAGUUCCUUCCUCUGGUUGGUCUGCUAGGUGGUUUCUUGAUCUUCCCUUGUGUUCUGUACUCAGUACUGUGCCUUCUGUUCGUCCUCCUCGUGAUCCAUCAUCUCUUGAUCCUCGUUUCUUGGUGUCGGAUGUCUCUUUCUGGCAACCUGAUCUAGGUAUAGUUGAUGGUGUCACCUCUCAUCUUGCUUGGUCAUCUCGUGUUUUGCGCCCUGUUUUUCUUGCCUUGAACCGUGAUCGUGGUCCUGUCUCUCUGGUAUUCCCGCCUGUCAUGGAUAGUAAGAUAGUCUUGUCUCAAGCAGACUAUUUUGCUAUGCCCCGUUCUGAUGGUGCUACCUCUUGGAUGCCAGAUUGUACACAUUGGACUGUCUCCAACUCGUCUCGUUCUGCUGCUCCGGUUGCUCGUCUCUCUCUUGGUGCUUUGCGAAGGUAUUGGCACCCUGCAAAGGGUACCAUUACCUCUCGUAUGGGUCCUCCCUUGAAGUUGCCUGCCCAUUUGUUGCUGUCUCCUGCUUUGUGGCGUCUUUUCUGGUCCCUGGAAAUGCCUGCAAAGGCUUUCACACCUUGGUGGCGAUUGCUACAUGACCGUGUCCCGCACCGCUCGUGGUGUCAUAAGAUUAUGCCUACAAAAGUUCUGUCUCCUGCUUGUGCUCUUUGUGGUUUUGCUACAGAGGACCUUUACCAUUUCGUGGUGGGUUGCCAUGUCAAGUCAUUUUUCUGGCAGGAUGUAGUCUCUUUGUUGUCACUUCAAGAGCUACUCCCCUCUGCUUCUUCUAUUUGGUUGGCGCUGACUACCUUUUGUAGUGGUUCGGAUUUGUUGGUGAUCGAUGAGGAUGUUCUGAUUGCUCUUGGUGCUGCUUACAGUACACUUUGGAAGUAUCAUUGGCGAUGCGUCAUAGACGAGGAGCCUUGGAUAGCUUCUGCUGCUAUCAACAUGGUCCGUCAAGACCAUAGUACACUCUUUUCUUCUCUUUCUUUGGCAAGUGUUCAAGCUGGCACCUUGGCCUUGCCUUCUCCAUUGCUAUUCAAUCUGGCAUUUGAGCCUUUGCUUCGUACUCUCCUUGCUUGUCCUGGUCUUUCUGGUGUUACUCUGUCUCCUGUUAAUAUCCCACGUAAAUGGAAGCCUUCACCGGUUGAAGUUCGUGUGGAUCAUGGUACUGGUUCCCGGAAUUGGACUUUGGACUUUGUCAGUGGCUCUGUUGCUCCUCCUCCUGUCAAGAUUCUAAGCUAUGCGGAUGAUCUUGAGGUGUUUUUGUCUUCGCCAGAAGAGUGGUCUGUGUUGUUGUCUGUUCUUGAUCUGUAUGGCCGAGCAUCUAAUGCGAAAGUCAAUAUCAGCAAGACAGUGUUGGUGUCGUUGUCUGGUGUGUCCCACUCUGCUUGGGUUGCUUUGGCUGAUUCUACUGGUCUCCAGUGGCAUGACGCUCACUCUCGUGGUGCAGUACGUUACUUGGGUUAUCCCUUGUAUCAUACUGAAAGUCAACUUCAAGACUAUCUUGAUGGUGUCUUGGUGAAGGUCCAGCGACACAGUAACUUGUUGAAACAAAGGAAUCUCUCCAUUAGGGGAGCAGGACUAGUGGCUAACUCGUUACUGUUGUCAAAGGUAUAUCAUUUGUUGCGUGUUGUUCCUGGUGGUGCUACUACUGCGUCGUGGUUGAAGUCUCUCACUACGGUGGUCCGUGAGUAUCUGGUGUCCUUUCGCCCUGGUGUUGCUUGGUCUACUUUGUGUCUCCCCCGCAAGUUUGGUGGUGUUGGUCUCGUGGAUAUAGCAGAUCAAAGCUUAGCUUUGCAUCUUGUCUAUUUGCAACGUUUGUUGCGUCCACCCUCUCCCAGUGAUUUUGUCUCCUCUUGGUUGGUGUAUGCCUUUCAAGUUUACACUGGUCAUAAGUCCAUCUUGCCGUGGUUUUGUUUUCCUGGUCUUUACCAGUCUCGUGUGUCUUCUGUGCCUGUUCUAACACAUCUUGGAAAGCUUCUGUUGAGAUUGCCAAAGUUAGUUCCUUCCUCUGGUUGGUCUGCUAGGUGGUUUCUUGAUCUUCCCUUGUGUUCUGUACUCAGUACUGUGCCUUCUGUUCGUCCUCCUCGUGAUCCAUCAUCUCUUGAUCCUCGUUUCUUGGUGUCGGAUGUCUCUUUCUGGCAACCUGAUCUAGGUAUAGUUGAUGGUGUCACCUCUCAUCUUGCUUGGUCAUCUCGUGUUUUGCGCCCUGUUUUUCUUGCCUUGAACCGUGAUCGUGGUCCUGUCUCUCUGGUAUUCCCGCCUGUCAUGGAUAGUAAGAUAGUCUUGUCUCAAGCAGACUAUUUUGCUAUGCCCCGUUCUGAUGGUGCUACCUCUUGGAUGCCAGAUUGUACACAUUGGACUGUCUCCAACUCGUCUCGUUCUGCUGCUCCGGUUGCUCGUCUCUCUCUUGGUGCUUUGCGAAGGUAUUGGCACCCUGCAAAGGGUACCAUUACCUCUCGUAUGGGUCCUCCCUUGAAGUUGCCUGCCCAUUUGUUGCUGUCUCCUGCUUUGUGGCGUCUUUUCUGGUCCCUGGAAAUGCCUGCAAAGGCUUUCACACCUUGGUGGCGAUUGCUACAUGACCGUGUCCCGCACCGCUCGUGGUGUCAUAAGAUUAUGCCUACAAAAGUUCUGUCUCCUGCUUGUGCUCUUUGUGGUUUUGCUACAGAUGACCUUUACCAUUUCGUGGUGGGUUGCCAUGUCAAGUCAUUUUUCUGGCAGGAUGUAGUCUCUUUGUUGUCACUUCAAGAGCUACUCCCCUCUGCUUCUUCUAUUUGGUUGGCGCUGACUACCUUUUGUAGUGGUUCGGAUUUGUUGGUGAUCGAUGAGGAUGUUCUGAUUGCUCUUGGUGCUGCUUACAGUACACUUUGGAAGUAUCAUUGGCGAUGCGUCAUAGACGAGGAGCCUUGGAUAGCUUCUGCUGCUAUCAACAUGGUCCGUCAAGACCAUAGUACACUCUUUUCUUCUCUUUCUUUGGCAAGUGUUCAAGCUGGCACCUUGGCCUUGCCUGUAAUUACUGUAUAG